CGCCGCCCGCACCCCACAAAAAAUGGGGUGGGGGUGUCCGGGGGAGGGGGAAAGAAAUGCUUUGGGUCGUGUCUCUGCCUCUCUCUCUCUCUCUCCCUCUUUGAGACCUAAAAAUCCUGACAAGUGAAACUUAAAGGUGUUUACCUUGUCAUCAGCAUGUAAGCUAAUUAUCUCGGGCAAGAUGUAGGCUUCUAUUGUCUUGUUGCUUUAGCGCUUACGCCCCGCCUCUGGUGGCUGCCUAAAACCUGGCGCCGGGCUAAAACAAACGCGAGGCAGCCCCCGAGCCUCCACUCAAGCCAAUUAAGGCGGACUCGGUCCACUCGGUUACGUGUACAUCCAACAAGAUCGGCGUUAAGGUAACACCAGAAUAUUUGGCAAAGGGAGAAAAAAAAAGCAGCGAGGCUUCGCCUUCCCCCUCUCCCUUUUUUUUCCUCCUCUUCCUUCCUCCUCCAGCCGCCGCCGAAUCAUGUCGAUGAGUCCAAAGCACACGACUCCGUUCUCAGUGUCUGACAUCUUGAGUCCCCUGGAGGAAAGCUACAAGAAAGUGGGCAUGGAGGGCGGCGGCCUCGGGGCUCCGCUGGCGGCUUACAGGCAGGGCCAGGCGGCUCCGCCGGCCGCGGCCAUGCAGCAGCACGCCGUGGGGCACCACGGCGCCGUCACCGCCGCCUACCACAUGACGGCGGCAGGGGUGCCCCAGCUCUCGCACUCCGCCGUGGGGGGCUACUGCAACGGCAACCUGGGCAACAUGAGUGAGCUGCCGCCGUACCAGGACACCAUGCGGAACAGCGCCUCGGGCCCCGGAUGGUACGGCGCCAACCCAGACCCGCGCUUCCCCGCCAUCACCCGCUUCAUGGGCCCGGCGAGCGGCAUGAACAUGAGCGGCAUGGGCGGCCUGGGCUCGCUGGGGGACGUGAGCAAGAACAUGGCCCCGCUGCCAAGCGCACCACGCCGGAAGCGCCGGGUGCUCUUCUCCCAGGCUCAGGUGUACGAGCUGGAGCGACGCUUCAAGCAACAGAAGUACCUGUCGGCGCCCGAGCGGGAGCACCUGGCCAGCAUGAUCCACCUGACACCCACGCAGGUCAAGAUCUGGUUCCAGAACCACCGCUACAAGAUGAAGCGCCAAGCCAAGGACAAGGCGGCACAGCAGCAACUACAGCAGGACAGCGGCGGCGGCGGCGGGGGCGCCGGGUGCCCGCAGCAGCAGCAAGCGCAGCAGCAGUCGCCGCGCCGCGUGGCAGUGCCGGUCCUGGUGAAAGACGGCAAACCCUGCCAGGCAGGAGCCCCCGCACCUGGUGCCGGCAGCCUUCAAGGCCACGCGCAACAGCAGGCGCAGCAGCAGGCGCAGGCUGCUCAGGCGGCCGCGGCGGCUAUCUCAGUGGGCAGCGGUGGCCCUGGCCUGGGUGCACACCCGGGCCACCAGCCGGGCAGCGCAGGCCAGUCUCCGGACCUGGCACACCACGCCGCCAGCCCCGCGGCGCUUCAGGGCCAGGUCUCCAGCCUGUCCCACCUGAACUCCUCGGGCUCGGACUAUGGCACCAUGUCUUGCUCCACCUUGCUAUAUGGUCGGACCUGGUGAGAGGACACCGGGCCAGGCCGGGCCCAGCGCGCUGCCUCAUCGCUUCCCCUCCUGCCGGUCACACAAUCACCAACUACCCGCCGCUCCCUGCGCUUCGACUUUUCUUAAUAAUCUGUCCCGUUUAGACCGAGGGGAAAAAAACACAAAAGCCAAACUGCUGGACGUCUUUUUUUUUUUUUUCUA